CAGUCUUACAACAUCUUGCUUUUCUGCAACCACUUUCUUCUUCAGCUACCAUCAACAUCCAAUCCCCUUCUUAUCCCUAUACUACACAUAGGCCCCUAAGAUUUCCUAAAUCAUUCAUUUAUUAUCAUCAGACUGCAAACUCGCUCCAUAAUUCAUGACGCCGAGUAACUGUCAUCAUCAUACUAGGUACCUCUCCUCUAAUCAUUGCCCAUUCCGGGUACAAAACAAAGACGACCUCUCGCACGCUGUUGGUUGUAUUUGAGAUCACCUGGGUACGACAUUCCAAAUAGGCUCGACACUAUGCCGCCCCAUUCGUUCCACGAGUGGAUGAUAGGCCAAAACAUAAGCCGCCGCAGACUUCCUCCGCCUAGGAAGCCUCGCCCCGUCUUCUCUAUAGAGCUUGAGACCGACGAUGAGUCCGGAUCUGAUGCUUUGAAAGUUACCUAUCCGAGAACUGGGAAAGCUACGCCAAUCCAAGUCAAGAAUCGAGGCAAGAAGGUUCGAUUCUCGGAUGAUACUCCUCAGCCGGCAUUUAAGAAGACGCCUAUUCGAUUCUCGGGUGAUCCUCCUAAAUCGGCACUUAAGAAGACGCCUAUUCGAAAUACACACCAAUUAGAUACCGAAGUCAGCACGGACGAAGAAACGGAAAGCAGUGACGAUGAAGUCACUACUGAUGAAGAGCUCGAGCAGAACUGUCAAUGUACUAAGUGCGUUGCAGCACGAACGAGAUCAAAGAAGGAAAAGCAAUUAAAGGAGAAACGUAAAAAGCAGAAAUCCGAAUCAUCUGCAGAUGAUAGUCAAGACAGCGAAACUAUAAUUGCACAUCCCAAGCAUGGGGCGAAGAAGGCCCACAAGGUAGCCAAGCACAAUGCCAAGCACAAGUCUAAGAAAGGAAAGGAGAAGUCGGAUACUGAGAGUGAAACUACUAACGCUACCGAGACGGACACCGACGUUGAAACUUCGGGAAAGGCCGAUACAAAUGAAGCAGUGGAAACGAGUGAUGCGACAGAUACAAGUGAAGCUACCGAGACAAGUGACGCGGUAGAGACGACCGAGGCAGAGACUACCGAAGCUGAAUCCGAAAAGGCAAUUUCGAAUAAAGGGACAAAUAAUAAGAGCAAUCAGAAUAAGCAAGGCGACCAGUCCAAGCAGCAUCAGCCCAAGAAACAAAAGGCACAUAGCAAGAAGUCGAAACAAGAGAAUGAGCAGAAUAAUCAGGGCAAGAAAAGUGAGCAGGGGGGCCAAGGAAAACAGGAGAACCAGGAAAACCAGAAAGAUGAGGCGAAGCCCGAGUCCCCCCAGGAUACAGCAAAGGAGAAUACGAAGCAGGACAGCAAUGAUGCGAAGCCAGCGGAGAAAAGCACACCUUCUAGUGAUGAGUCGACCGACCAUAAAGAAGCCAUAAGUGAACCCAAGCAGGAAGUAAAAACGAAAAAACGGACCAAAGCUAAGACGCAAUCACCGCACGCUCAAGCAACUAAGCCACAUACAAAUGGCCAAGGACACUCGCAUUUGCCAGCUGAUACUCGUGUGCUACACGUAGAGCACGCUGUUGAGAUACCUCCUCAUCCUCGUCCUAACGCUUUCUACGACAACGUGAACGGAGUUAUGCGCGUAUAUCACGGCCCUAGCUACGGCAAUCCACAUGGCACAUCACACUCUCCUGGCAUUCAUUGCACCCAGAACUUGCCUAUCGGCAUAACGCAUCCCGCACAAAAUCCGUGCCACAAUGGAUUUUACCCUGCUUAUAGCCAGACCCCAUAUGGACAACCUGGUUACGGGCAGCCUCCGUAUGUACAACCUUCCUACGGGCAACCUGGUUACGGGCAGCCUCCGUAUGUACAUCCUCCACCUGGGUUCGGGCAGCCUCCCUACAUACAACCUCCGUAUGUACAACCUCCGUAUGUACAACCUCCUUACGGACAACCUCCUUACGGACACGUUCCUUACGGACAUCCUCCGUACGGACAACCUACUCCACCUUUCCAAGGGCCACCUCCCAAUAUACCUCCGACUACAGCUCAUAAUGCGCCCCAAGGCCAAGGACACCCAUGGUAUCAAGGAGACGGAAAGAUGACUGUGGGAAAUCCACCAGAGCAGCCACCUGCUACAGACUCUGCGGCAGGCUCUAGCCAGAAUAAACAUGCCAAACCGAGACCUAAUCACAGUGAUAGGGGCGGCCAAUCCAAUGUUAUUCCCACCAUCGAGGAGGAUAGUCCUAAGAAGAGUCAGAGUGACGAUGGGGUUGGAAGGGAGCCCUCGGACACUCAGAGUGCCCGUGGACGACAAAAGAUUUCGCGGUCUCAUGAACCUAAAAAUGGUAGCAGUGGUGACAGCAAACAGGGAUCCACCGACCACAAAAAAACAGCUGAUGAAAAGGCUCACCAAGGACAUAAAAAUAAACAUGGAAGCAAGGAGCCCAGCCCCGUGCUGCAGGAUAAGUUCGAAACUAGCAGUUGGAACGGGCAUGGGACACACAGCCACAUCCCCAGCAAGGAUACUUGGACAGGUGACAACAAAAACCCCUUUUCUGGGAGCAAUGGGGAUGGGGGGAGCGGGGGUCGUGCCGAAAAUACAGGCUGGGUUAAUGCCGCUGUAGAUUGGGAUCAAGGUGGGUUUGCGGAAUGGAAUGCGGGUGACAAGAUUGAUUGGAACCAAAUGACUAGUACAGGUUGGGAUGGGGAAAAUGAUGCUACUUCUGAGCGGAAUGGGGGUGCUGCCAGUGCUAACAACGUUUAUGACGGUACCAAUGAUGGCAGCGGUGGUAAUGGGAAGGGCAACCAGAAGGGUAAAGGAAAGGCCAACGACAGUGACGACAAGAACGACAAGCGAUCUCAACAUGACUCCCCACGAGACAGUGCAGCAUCGAAACGUUCUCUUCCCGGCGGCUGGGUCAGCCCACCAGUGUCACUACACUCUUUUCCCCUGGGAUCUACACGCCCCAGCCCAGACAACGUCGGAGGCCACUAUAUCGGCUCCAACCAUGGCUCCACAGGGAAAGCACCCUCUGUCACUGAUAACAAUGGUGGAAACAGUGGUCAAGGUGAUACUAACACUCAAGGUGGUGGUCCCAGUUGGCAUGACCCCGCUGCAGCUCAGACAUCCGGUGGCGUCUUUGAUAACGAGCAGAACGGCAGCGCCCAGGGCAGUGAAAAGAAAGAGAGAAACCAAUCUUAUUGGUAGAGCUGGUAUGAUUCACUCUCCCGCUUUAGAUCAUAACCCUAACGCUUCAGGCCUUUUCCUCGAGCCCCGAAAAAAAUAAAAAUAAAAAAAUAUCCAGAAAAAAAAAGAGAAGAAACAAAAAGAAACAAAGAAAGAAAAGGAAAGACUUCUGAAGAUAUAAUAACCAUCACGCAUACCUACCUUCGCUACCCAUCGAUAUCGCUAUCGUCCUCCUCCUCUACGAUCUUCGACAAGAUGCCUAGAGAAACGAGCCUACGAAUUAGCUGAAUGGAGGAGACAGACACCCGUCUCCCUCUCCCCCCUUUUUUGCUAGGAACGCCACAGUUUGCGAUAUGUAUUUACUAGGAACACGAGUUUGGCCCCCUGGUAUAAAUACUUAUGUAAAUAGCACGCAUAGGUAGAGAGUUAGGAAUGGUCUACGGCCUGUUUUUAGCACACCAGACAGAGUAUUUUGCUGUCAUAGGUACCUACAUACUUGAUAACAAAUGCAACACGCAAAAUACAUAAUA